AAUUUGACCACAGUUUCAAAAGGGGUGCCCUGUCGAAUUCAGAGCAGUCAACAGACAAAGACGAUGGACACGCACCUGACUCGUCGAGCAGGUUUCAGUUGCCAGAGGUCACCAUCUGUCAACAGUUAGUGAACGGCGAAGCAAGCCAAACUUUGGUAUGCACAGCCGCUGAAUCCGGCAUCGGUGAUGUGGGUGAUCCACCGCCCACAAUACAAGUAGACAUCAACAGCACUUGCAAUGGAAUGGCCCUGUCCCUUCCGACCUCAGAACAAUCGACAGGCAAAGACGAUCCUCAAGCACCUGGCUGGACCAAAAGGGUACGUGUAGGGCACACACCUAUUUAUAUUCCUCCAAAAGUUGUUCUGCAUAUCGUCGAGAAAAUAGCUGUGGAGACAAUUUUCCUUAGUUUGUUUAUUUCCACAUUCUGUUGUUGAGGGCCAAAAAAUAGAAAUUUGUGUAAUAAAACCUGUUGAAGGUACACUGCUAUCUGUUGUACUUGUUAACUUGCCAACAUGUUGUACGCUUGUGAA